AUGGGGACUGGGCUGCAUUCAAGAUCUUCUGCAACUGUUAUAAUUGACCAUAUUGCAUAUGAGAUGCGUUCCACAAUUUGCAAGACCAUCAAAGAAAACAAAGGGAAAGUGUCUAUUCUGAUCGACGAGUCUACUACUGUGUCUGGUAUUUCAACACUGAUAAUUUACUUAAAAGCUCAACUCGAAAGGUCAGAAGAAGCACAAUUCUUGUUUCUGGACUUGGUGGAGUUGACAAAUGGUCAAAGUGCAAAAGAGGUUCAUACAGCACUACUUGCUUGUUUAAAACGGCAUGGGUUUGACAUGGAUUACUUGCAAGAACAUUUUGUUGCAUUUACAACAGACGGAGCUAGUGUCUUGACUGGAAAGAAGUCGGGAGUCAUGGAGCUACUUAUGAAUGAUUUUCCAAAUCUCAUCACCUGGCACUGUUUGAAUCAUCGCCUAGAACUUGCGGUUGACGAUGCGAUUUCAGAAUUGACGGGAAUAAACCAUUUUAAGAUUUUUGUUGAAAGACUGUAUUCAAUUUACAGCCAAUCGCCCAAAAAUGUGCGUGAACUACGAGAAGUUGCUAAAAGUCUAGAUGUCCAGCUUCUAAAGAUCGGUAAGGUACUGAGUACGAGAUGGGUUGCGAGUAGUCACAGGACGGUUUUGGCAGUUUGGAACAACUACGAAGCACUCUGCAAACACUUCAAAGACAAAGCAGCUGAAAAAGGAAAGAAUUCAACAAUGUACGAGGGGUUAAACAAGCGAAUCCAGUCGGAGGAAUUCUUGUUGGACUUGGCACUCAUGUGUGAUGUUCUUUUUGAGCUUUCUGAGCUCUCCGAGGCCAUGCAACACCGUUCAAUGAACAUUGUCAAAGCCGACAGAUGUAUCAAGCGGUCCAUGAGAAGCAUCGAAACAUUGAAGCGCAAGACUGGAACAAAGUUGAUGAUAGCCAAGGAUGCGGUCAAGGAAGGAAAAUUUGGCACUGUACCGCUAGUUUCCAAUGGUAGACAUGUCAAUAUUGAUGCUAAUGCACUAAUAGACAAAUUGCUAGAUGCAAUGAAAGAUCGUCUCUUUGCCACAUGUGCCUCUGGAACUGUUCGCGAAAGUGCUGCCUAUCAGAAGCUUCUUGAUCAGAUUUGCGUUCUCUACCCGACUUAUUGGCCACAGGAUCUUGAUCUAAAUUAUGGUGAGGAAGAGGUACGAUCAUUGUGCGAUCGGUUUUCCCUUUCAAGAAGUUCAACAGUGCCUGCGUUCCAAGACUAUGUUGAUAGUCAAGGGAGACGAGUACCUGACGAUCUCCAACCUCUAUUGAGAUGUUGCUCCUGUAUCCCGGUCUCAUCGGCAGAAUGCGAACGUGGGUUUAGUCAAAUGAACUUGGUUUGUACGUCAGUAAGAAAUCGCCUACUUGUUGAACGAAUAUCGAAUUUAAUGUUUAUUAAACUUGUUGGUCCUCCGAUUAAUGCUUGGAAUCCAGAAAAAUAUACUAAGUCCUGGCUGCGAAAACAUCAUUCGGCCAAUGAUGAAAGAGUAAGAAAGAGAAAGUUAGAGGAAGAUGCUGAAAGUCAGCAGGAGCAGACAGUCGCAAAACAACGACUUUGGCAAUUACUUUAG